UUUUAAAAUUGCAGAUACACUGCAGCAUGGCGGCCUGUUCUCUGGGCAACAGACUGGUGGCGUGUCUCCUCAACGUGUCUGAGGCUCGCAGCAAAGACCUGGUGGAGACUGUGGCCAAGGCAGCCUUAUUCAACACUGAAGGUGUUAGACGAGAGGGGACCACGGUGCUGAACAUCUUUAAUGACCAUGACUACAACCGUUCUGUCAUCACCAUUGUGGCCAGCAUCGACUCUAUCAGAGAGGCGGUGCUCGCUGCAUGUGAGAAGGCCUGUGGGCUCAUAGACAUGCGUAUCACUCGGGGGGGGCACCCGUGUAUGGGUGCCGUCGACCUGAUACCCAUUUACCCCCUGGGGGAGGAGGUGGGAGUGGAGCACUGCGCUGAAGAGGCCCGGGCUGUGGCUCAGUGUCUCACAGAGAGGGUCCAGGGCACCAGUGCUUUCCUGUUUGGCUGGGCAGACUCCCCCCUUCAGCGGGGGCUGGCACAGAGGAGGAAGGAGAUGGGCUGGUUCAAGAAGAAGCCAGACAUGCAGACAGUGAGGCCCGACAUAGGGCCGCAGCCACAGGGACGCUUCGGACUCACAGGUGUUGGAGCCAGCCCAUAUGUUAUUAACUGCAACGUCACUAUUGACACCCAGGACUUGGCCUUAGGACGCAGCAUCGCCACAGCCAUCAGGGAGUCGACCCCCGGGGGGCUGCCGGGGGUGCAGGUGCUGGCGCUGCCACAUGAUGGCGCUGUGGAAAUCGCAUGUAAUGUGGAAAGUGUGAAAGGGCGCUACCCUAGCAACAUGACUGCAGGAGAACCAUGGCCGAGUUUCAGCAUCCAGGGCCAGCCCUACUGUCAUGCUCCAGCUUCUCUGAUCACUGCAAGAGUGGCAGAGCUGGCAGGGAGGCAGGGGAUUGGUACAAAGAACACAGCGCUGGUGGGGUUUACCCCCCACGAGUGCAGGGGCCUGGCAGAGUUAGCGCUGUCACAAGGGAUUGCUGAGUUCUGGAAAGAGCAGCACAGGAUCAGAAUGUGAAAAUAAAUAUUUGCCAAAAACAGGAAUCCUCACACUUCUUUGUUUUAUGUCAUAUUAAUUUGUUAAGCCCCGCCCCCUCUGUUACCGUUGAUGCAUGUUUGCAGUUUAAUGUAAUGGUGGCAGAUUUACCUCUCAAAUUCUUAGUUAUUGUUUAAUCAAUAGGUCUUUGAUUUCACACAGAAAAAGCUAAAUAUUUUUUUUCUAGCCAAUUGUUCAUUGCUGAUUUUAUUAUCUGUCAGCUAACACUGUGUCUUCAGAAGGCUUAUCAGACAUUCCUCAGAGUGUUUUAUUACCACUAUGGAGAAUAUUGUGUCAUCCUCUAAAACACACCUGCUGAUCAGUGCCAUUCUAAUGUGACUCUUGCAGUUGAGGAGAUUUGGGUUUCUCUUUAUUUUCUACCAAACCAAGACCAAAAGCCAUAAAUCCCAGCAUGUCAUCCUCCAGAGUGGAAUUUGAAUGUGUUUGUCAUUUCCUGUUUGGAGCAAAUAGGACACUUGUGUUUACUCUGCUGACGACUCUUCCCAUGAUGUUCACCAUCAACCUUACAAUGCAUGACUUUAUGGAAGAGUCACCAUCUGUGCGUAAAACAGCUAUUUUUAUCACAAGUCAUGAACUGAAUCUUAAGAAGCAUCCAGCGCUGGCAACAUGUUUGGAAAUGUUUACUUUUGUAUUGUAUAUUAUUAUAGUUUAAAUAAAGCAGCUUGUCAAUAUCUA